GUAGUACAACCAAUGGACCAUCCUACACUAUCAUCAUCAUCCUCUCUCUCUCUCAUUCACUCAUCUCACCUUCUUUCCCAACACUCCUCACUCCCUGCUCCAACUCUACACCAAGAGAACAAAAAAGAAUGGCCUCCCCUCCCAUUUCCCUUUCCCAUUUUACCCUUCCCCUACUCAUAUACCACCUCCUCCUCCUCCUCAACCCCAUUUCCUCCCUAAACAUCACCACCCUCCUCUCCCCCUACCCCGACCUCUCCGACUUCUCCGCCCUCCUCUCCACCACCUCCGUCGCCGCCGACCUCUCAUCCCGCUCCUCCCUCACCCUCCUCGCCGUCCCCAACCCCUUCCUCCGCUCCUCCACCCUCCACCUCCCCUCCUCCACCCCACUCUCCGACGUCCUCCGCUACCACGUCCUCCUCGAAUACGUCUCCUUCCCCGACCUCCUCCGCCUCCCCCCCUCCGGCCGCCUCAUCACCACCCUCUUCCAGACCACCGGCCGCGCCUCCAACAACCUCGGCUCCGUCAACAUCACCCGCGACCCCACCACCAACUCCCUCACCGUCCUCUCCCCCUCCCUGUACUCCCCUUCCAACUCCACCGUCCUCUCUCUCAUCAAAUCCAUCCCUUACACCCUCACCAUCCUCACCCUCUCCUCCCUCCUCAUCCCCUCCGACUCGGAUCUAACCGCCUCCGAGACCCGCCCCUUACUCGGCCUCAACAUCACCAAAGCCCUAAUCGACGGCCAUAACUUCAACGUCGCCGUUUCGAUGCUCAUCGCCUCGGGCGUCCUGUCCGAGUUGGAGCAAGACGAGGGCGGCGCGGGGAUUACCCUUUUCAUCCCCACGGACGAUGCCUUCUCCGAUCUGUCGAUCCCGGCGAGCUUCCAGUCCCUCCCGGCGGACAAAAAGACGGUGGUCUUGAAGUUUCACGUGCUCCACUCGUACUACCCGCUCGGCUCGCUAGAGUCGAUAGUGAACCCGGUCCAGCCCACGCUGGCGACGGAGGACAUGGGGGCCGGUUCAUUCACGCUGAACAUCUCGAGGGUAAACGGGUCGGUGGCGAUAUCCACGGGGAUAGUUCAGGCGGGGGUGACCCAGACGGUUUUCGACGAAAACCCGGUGGCUAUCUUCGGGAUUUCGAAGGUUUUGUUGCCGAAAGAGAUUUUUGGGAAGAACCCCAAUAACGGCAAGGACGGGAGUGAGUCAGCUCAGCCGCCGGUUUCUGUGGCGUCGGCGCCGGAGUUCAAUGGGCCGUCCGUGGAUUUGCCUGCUCCGACGGGGUUUCGCGAGGAGAUCAAAUCGGGUGCGGGUAAGUGUGGGGUGUGGAGGCCAUUUCUUGCUUUUUGUUGUAUAGGAUUGUAUCUACUGGUAUGAGAUUCAUUGUAUGUGAUCUAAUCUAUGUUUUUUUUUUUUUUGAAAUUUAUUUUACCUCUCGAGCGAUUUUUUUUUAAUGUAUUUUUGCAAUUGUUAUACGAGUAAUUGAAUUCGGGGCUGCAAAUGUGGCCGAUUUUAAUCUUCUUUAUAUGUCAAUUGUCAAUUGUGUUGAUGUUA